UGGAGAUUUCUUCUCCAAAAUUAAGUUUGGCUUCGGUGCUCCCCGACCCUCCAAGUCAUAACCCCAUUGUCGUCCCUCCGCAGCACAAGGGCGAGGAUAAUGCGAGCCCCACAGGCCACAGCUAUGCCAAGUAUGUGAUCGUCUUGCUAAAAGCUUCACCACAUAUCUGCUUCCCUCCAAUCCCAUUUCGCCACAAUCUCUUCGUAAACAUCGUCGAUAAUAGCCAGAAAUAUUGAAGAGCACGUAGUACUGUACUGACGAAUGAAUGUAACGAUCACUCAAAAUAACGAGAACCAUUGCAAUAGACUAGAUUUCGCUGGGAAACUAUGGCAUUUCUCUCCGACUGAUCGUUGUCAAUCGAUUGUGAGUGCACGGGCCUCAUUCGUGCUAGCGACUUCAGAUUGUACUGCUAUGUAUGCUAGAUUUCGUCUUCUCUGAUUUUGUAAUUUUGUCCGAACGGAUUAUUCUGAAAAGCUUUAUUGAAUUGGUCUACAAUUACAAGUAGAGGUUGCAUGAUUACUCAUAUAGCGAGUGGGUGUUGGGCAUCUGAGUGCAAUUACAACUUUGAUUUGGUUAAUUUCGAUUUAUUCGAAAUGGAAAUUAUAAUUUUGUGUAGCUAACAAUUUAAAGAGCAAAAGUUGUGAUUCACUAGUUGUCUGUUCUGCCCUUAACUUGACUGCUCAAUGCUCAUAUGAUGUUUGCAUGCAUUUUAUGGUCUGUAGUAUGCUUCUGGUGCUGAUUCUCCGUCUCUUGCAUAACAGAAGCUAUGUUAGCUAUCUGAAAGAAAAUGCACUUAGUGCGGGAUGUGAUUAAGCUACCUUACUAUGUUCUGUGGUGGUGUUGAUCACUUGAGUAUCAAUUAGGUGAAGCCUUCAUGGUGGUCAAUGUCGCAGAUAUUGGACUUGGUGCAGGAAAGAGGCUUCUUUCAUCCGCUUAUUCUCAUUCUGAUGUUGCUGAAAAGCUGUCAUGUAGCUGCAGUGUGAUCACUGCUAAAAACUCACCCAAUUAUACCCUUCCUUUUAUCUCAAAUCGUAGAGUGUGUUCCAUCAAGGCAGUUAAGGAGAGCACGGACUUUGUGCUUGACACUUCUAACAGGGAGCCAUUUGAUAAGAGAUUCAGUGAGUCGAUAGAUGAAAGCAGCUCUGAUGAGGAAGAUAAAGUAGAAGCUAUCCUACUGCUGCAGAAGUCUUUUCUAGAAAAACAGUGGGAUAUUUCGGCCGAAAAAAUGAUGACUUUCAUGGCAAAGGAAAACAAAUCUGAGGGAGUUCAGAUCACUUGUUCAGGUACAUCUGCUAGAAAGAGAAGAAUAGAUUCCCGAAAGAAGGUUUCCGAGUGUAAAAAUCCUUUGGUAUUAAUAAACAAGAGAGGGAGAUCCACUUCUGGUAAACAUGUGCUUCGAAACCACUUAAGAAGUUAUGUUAAGGGUGUUGGGAGUGGUGAACUUCUCACUCACGCUGAAGUGGUGCAACUAUCAGAAAAGGUUAAACUAGACUUGUAUUUAGAAGAAUGCAGAUCAAGACUAAAGGAUAGAGUGGGGUGUGAACCCACCGAUGAGCAAUUUGCAAUUUCACUGAGGACUUCUAGUGCUGAUUUGCAAGUCACAAAAAUGGAGUGUCACUUGGCAAAGGAAAAGCUGGCAAUGAGCAAUGUUCGUCUUGUCAUGUCAAUUGCACAAAGAUAUGAUAAUAUGGGAGCUGAAAUGGCUGAUCUUGUUCAGGGUGGCCUAAUUGGACUACUCCGUGGAAUAGAAAAAUUUGAUCCUUCUAAAGGAUUUAAAAUCUCAACAUAUGUUUUUUGGUGGAUUCGUCUGGGUGUCACCAAGGCAUUAGCUGAGAACUCAAGAGUGGUACGAUUGCCAAACCAUUUGCAUGAAAGGUUGAGUCUAAUCCGAAAUGCCAAAAAGAAGCUUGAAGAGAAGGGGAUAACACCAUCAAUUGAUAGAAUUGCUGAAUCUCUUAAUAUAUCCGAACAGAAAGUGCAAAAUGCAAGCGAGGCAAUCAUCAAGGUCUUCUCUCUUGACAGGGAAGCUUUCCCUUCUUUAAAUGGUAAUCCAGGAGAAACCCUUCAUAGUUACACUGCAGAUAAUCGCCCAGAAAACAUCCCUUGGCACGGAGUUGAUGAGUGGGCAGUCAAGGCCGAGGUAAAUAACCUGAUGUACACAACACUAAAGGAUCGUGAAAGGGAGAUUAUCCGUUUAUACUACGGUUUUGAUGAUGAAGGUCUUACGUGGGAUGACAUUGGACGACGGAUAGGAUUAUCAAGGGAGAGAGUUAGGCAGAUCGGGCACAGAGCUCUAGAGAAACUAAAGCGUGCUGCUAAUAGGAGAAACCUUGAAGCCAUGCUGAUGAAACAUUGAUUUCAGAGUGGAGAGCUUCACUGUAAAUACAGAAAAGUAACAAUCUGCAACUUAUUAGUUUUUCCCGGAUCAAGGAAGAAAUUACAUGUUGCAGAGUUAAUGUAGCAAAAAAAAUGUAUAAGCCAUAUGUUGCAAAGCUUCACUGUACGUAGUAUAUUGAUUUGGGCAGUAAAGUUCAGAAACUUUUUACAGUUUCCUGUGAUGAUUUCUUU